GGAGCAGGUUUGUGCACAUGGUGGAGACUGCGAGUAUAUCCUACAGCUCCAGGCAGCAGAGUCGCACUCGACUCAUUAACGCAGGACGAGACGCACAGUUGUACUCUUCACAUUUUGCCAUUCCAAUAACAUACGGUCAACAAAAUGGGGAAAGGAUGCAUCACUGCCACCAAGUACUUCCUAUUUCUCUUUAACUUAAUCUUCUUUAUCUUUGGAUCUAUGAUUAUGGGAUUUGGACUUUGGAUCCUCCUAGACAAUCAGAGCUUCAUUGCGGUGUUACAGGAUUCGUCCAUGGCCCUGAAGGUGGGCUCCUAUAUUCUGAUCGGUGUGGGCUCAUUCUCCAUGGUUCUGGGAUUUCUGGGCUGUCUGGGUGCCAUUUAUGAGAUCCGCUGUUUGCUUGGAUUGUACUUCACCUGUCUAUUGCUCAUCCUCCUUGCUCAAGUGGCCGCUGCUGUUCUCAUUUACUUCCAGCGUGAUGUGUUGAGAGAGGAGACAACCGAAGUUGUGACCAAAAUCGUGGCCAACUACCCUGGGCAGAACAAAACCACUGAACAGGCCUGGGACUACAUCCAGAGAACAAUGCAGUGUUGUGGCUGGAUUGGGCACAUAGACUGGAUUGCCAACAAUGUGAUGAAAAAUUACACAGCAGGAAAUUUGUACCCAUGCUCCUGCCACAAUACUUCUUUGCCACCACAUAAUGUUGCAGAGAACGGCUUCUGUGAGGCCACAUCUAAUGACUGGCCUAUCUAUCAGAUGGGCUGCCUGGAGAACGUGGAGAGCUGGCUUUUCUCAAAUUAUGGAGUUAUUUUGGGCAUCUGUCUUGGUUUGGCUGUAAUUGAGCUCCUCGGUAUGAUAUUGUCCAUGGGCCUUUGUAAGAGUGUACACCAAGAGGACUACACCAAAGUGCCAAAGUACUGAGGAGGAAACAUAGACACUCACACAAAUGUAUUCAGUCCUUCCUUAUUGACUUUGAAAACAGAUCUCCCUCUGUUUCUACAGAAAAUGCAGUUUUGCCAAAAGAUGAACCUGUGAUUUAGGCUUGAGUUUAGUCAAGAAAUAGGUUGCAAAAGUUCAGUCUUUGUCAGUAACACCAGGUGAAUCCCCUUUGAUAUCUAAUCAGAUCUUAUGAGUGCAGUUUGAAUAGCCCAUUGUAUGACCAUUGUCUGAAGUGUAGAACAAGCUGCCCACAUAAAUUAAUGAAAAGCUUAUGACAAGUCGUGAUGCCCUACAGUGGUCUAUUUAUAUUUAUACAACAACACUCUUAACAUCCAGACUGGUCUGUUUGCUUUGAUAUUUCUUUAUUAUAGCAGCCCAAACUAUGAGCUAACAAUCUAUAUAACUUUGGUUUAUGCUUUAUAGAAAACCGCUAAAACCACAAAGGCCUGCUUUUGUUUAAUCAAGUGACUUUUCUUUAGAUACUUUGCAUGUGUUCAUUUUUUUGUGUACAAAGACUUACAAAAUUCCUACCCUGUCCUUGAAUUUCUGGCAUGUCACGAAUAAGAUAGUUGUCUAUUUUAUAAUCCUUCAUUUAUGUUUGUACAUCAUUGUUGUUUCGGGUUGUGCUUUUGUUUUUAUUAGUGUGUAUAUAUUUUUAGCUUUCAUCAGCACAUUGGUAAGUGACAGACUAUUCCUCGAGUCAAAAUUAUCCCAUUGUUGUACAGAAAAUAAUUUGUAUGUUUUAUUUCUACAUGCUUAUGUUUAUGAGCAUAUUUGUAAGGAAGUACACUAUAAAGCUGUUCCUUGAUGAUGUGAACCAAAUGAAUAUUAGCAUAGCCCCCAAAGUUGACUGAAACUUUAUUGCAUUGAUCCUAAUUUAUCUGUUUCAGUGACACUGCAAUUUCUUUAAUUGUAUACUUAAGUGGAAACAAUAUUAUUUUUUUUUCUGUAUUAGUUCUUUUACUACUCAGGGGGGGGGGGGGGGAAUCAAAGUUUUUUUGUACAGGGAACACAGUCCCCUAUGAAGUAAUUAGAAAAUUAUAAAAGUAUUGCAACUACAUGUACCUUCUUAAGCUGAAU